UCCUCUUUGAUUUUAGCUUUUCAUUCAAAGGCCAUGUUCUAGGAUUAAAAAAAAAGCAACCCUUUUUUGUUUUUAUCCUUGAUGGACAUUUGAUGAUGAGGGGAACUGCUCGAGUUCUUCGUCAAGCUUUGUAUCGUUUUGGGAUUGGAGGGGAUCUUCUUUAUUGUCUAGAUGGAUGUCAAAAGGUUUCAACUUUGAGAGGAGCAGCUGCUUAUUUUCAAUUUAAACCCAUAAUUGAUAACGGGAUCAAUAGGUAUCUUCGUCAGACUGGAAGAUCUCUGUCUACCUUCGUAGUCAGUGAUUCUGCUGGAGCGUCAGCAGAUGUGGGAAAAUCUGGUCCUUUGGUCGAGUAUGAAAGGAGAAUAACCUCAGGGGAACUAGUUGAUGGGGAUGCCUUUCAAGUUGAUACACUUAGGGUACUUCAAAGGCUCUAUGACCAGCUUGUUGAACAUGAAGAUAGCUGCCAUUUGGAUAGAUAUAAAGCAUCUCAAAAAGCUGGAAGAAGUCGUUGGCUAUGGUCACGUCUUGUCCCACAAUCUUCUUAUUCACCAGUUAAAGGACUAUACCUUUAUGGAGGAGUAGGAACAGGAAAAACGAUGCUAAUGGAUUUGUUUUAUGAUCAAUUACCAUCUAAUUGGAGGAAACGGAGAAGACACUUUCAUGAUUUUAUGUUGGAUGUUCACAAGCGCCUCCAGAUGCAUAAAGGGGUAGCAGAUCCACUUGAAGUUGUUGCAGGAGAGGUAGCAGAUGAUUCCGUUUUAUUAUGUUUAGAUGAAUUCAUGGUCACAGAUGUUGCGGAUGCGUUAAUAUUAAAUCGACUAUUUAAGCAUCUUUUUAGCAAAGGCAUUGUUCUUCUCUCCACAUCCAAUCGUCCUCCUGAUAACCUUUAUGAAGGUGGUUUACAGAGAGAUCUUUUCUUACCUUUCAUUGGUACCCUCAAGGAAAGAUGUACAGUUCAUGACAUCGGUUCUUUAACUGACUAUAGGAAGUUAACAUCAGCUGAGCAAGGUUACUAUUUUAUUGGGUAUAACACUUCAGGCCUUAAGAAAAAAUUUUUGAAUCUGAUUGGAAAGGAGACUCCUCACCCACAAGUUGUGGAAGUUGUUAUGGGAAGACACUUGCAGGUUCCAAUUGGAGCAAAUGGUUGUGCUUAUUUCUCUUUCGUUGAUCUAUGUGAUAAACCAUUGGGAGCCGCUGACUAUUUAGGACUGUUUGAGAAGUUUCAUACAUUGGCAUUAGAAGGUGUGCCAAAAUUUUCAAUCAAUAACCGGUCAGCAGCUUAUCGGUUUGUCACAUUGGUUGAUGUGAUGUAUGAGAGCAAGGCCAGGCUUUUAUGCACAGCCGAAACACCUCCAAUUGAGCUAUUUGAAAAAAUUGUUACCAUUGCCGAUGCGCAAAAGAUAUCUCCUCGAGGCUCAUCGCGGUCUCUGAAGAGGGAUGAUCUCGAUCUGUGUGUGGACAAUGAACUCGGAUUUGCGAAGGAACGAACAAUCAGCAGGUUGACAGAAAUGAACAGCAGAGAGUACCUGGAGCAGCAUGAAUCAAGGUUGCUUGGCAAGGUAAAAGGGGAGGUUGAGCAAAAUACUGAUGCCUUGCUUGUAUGAUAAUUUAUGUGAAAAUUAUUUGAAGCCUAUUUUGGGUUUCAUUUGUUCUGCAAGCUGUUGCUUUGUCAAUGAAUGCCAAUAUGUUAGAUUGAGCAUAAUGUCUCUAUAAUGUUGGCAUUGUAUAUUCUUAAUAAUAUUCUUCAUAAUUAAAAAAAUUUGUAAUGUAUUAUAUAAGAAAUAAGAGCUGUUCUCUGCAUGUUGUAGAGGGUUGUAUAUCUUGGAUCAAGGCAGCAAUGAUUUAUUUACCAUAGGAAUUUGCAUGUAUUUGAUGAAUCUUAUUUAAAACCUAUCAUUUUUAGCUUUGGGAAUCUGUUCUAUUAUGUAAUUUCAUGGAUUUAUAAGUGUAAUAA